AUGUCGCUUCCGGAGCUUCCGCUCUCGGCGGCGAUAGGUUUUGCGGGAUCCAUCAAGAAUGGUUUCCUUCUUCAUCCCGAUGGCCAGUCUCAAAUCUACCCCCUCGGCGCCGCUGUCGUGAUCUCCAAGCUCGCCCGCCGGGACGCAGAGGAGGCACCAGGAAAGGGACAUGAAAAGUCACGCGCCACAUUCUUGCACGGUCACUUAGGCUCGGUCACCGCCAUCGCGGUUUCGACCUCAGGAAGACUGAUUGCAUCAGGUGAACGUGUCGCUGGGGGCGUCGCGGACAUAAUCGUAUGGGAACUCCGAGAUGCCGUGUCCUCGUGCACCUACGCCGUGUUGCGGCGUUUGUCUCUUCACGUCGGAGAGGUCACCUCCCUUGAGUUUAGCGCUGACGAGAGCGCUAUCGUAAGCGUUGGUGGCGAACAGGAUAAUAGAAUCAUCAUGUGGGACGUCUUGAGCGGGAAUGCGCUCUGCGGAUCUCCCGCGCCCGUGGACGGCAAGGUGAGAGCUGUCGCGUUCCUUCACCACUCUAACACUCGGUUCAUUACCGCGGGUGAGAUGACGACGAGUGUGUGGGAAUACGACGCCACGAGUAAGAGAUUACAGUUCGAGACCGUCAAGUUGGGCAUUUUGAAGCGCGACAUACUUUCGAUCGCAAUCGAUGAAGACGAUGCCUACGCGUAUCUGGGAACGUCUAGCGCCGACAUUCUUUGUGUGUCCAUUCCAAAUCGAGUCAUCAAGGAAUCUUUCACGCUUAAGAAGCACAUAUCGAGAGGUGUUUGCUCUUUGAUAAUCGUACGCGGUGGGCUUCUUGCGGGUGGUGGCGACGGGAGUUUGUCUCUAAUGGCGCGAGAGAGAGGAUCGUGCGUGCUCAAGUUUGUGGCGUGUCGAGCGCUCGGCGUGGGCGCUGUGAUGAGCGUCGCUGUUUCGAGAUCACCUCAGUCCGAUGUCAUGGGUCUUGAGUAUCCCAAGACGUGUAAGACGGAAUAUUCGAAGCGCAAAUACGUUCACGAAGCUCUCUUUGCGCUCGCGCACGGAAACGGGAUGCCUGACGAUUAUCGAGAUGCCUCGCAAACAUUCAAUGUGUACUGCGCCACCUCUAGCGGGGAGUUGCACCUCACAGAGUACUGCGCGCAGCAUCCACUCACCGGUAAAUGCAUGUUGCUCCGUGGAAGCGUUUGUCAGCAGUCCUCACACGCGCACGGUAUCAUUGGGAUUGCUUUUCCUCGAAACGACGAUCAGUAUUUUGCCACAGGAGGCGGUUCGGAAGUCAUCGUGUGGGAAACCAGUGCAGCUAAGUCAUCAUUAAAGAUUCAAGUGAGUCCGCGCUCGUUGAAAUGUACAUGCGUGAGCUUCAUGCCGAAUGGAGAGGUGAUUCUCAGCGGUUGGGACGACGGUAAGAUUCGAGCGCACGAUCGAACUACGGGAGAAUUACUCUUUGUCGCCUCGGGCGCGCACACUCGCGUGACAGCGCUGAGGGGUAUGAAAGAAUCAUCCGGAAUCAUCAGUGGCGGUUCGGAGGGCAAUGUUCGGUUGUGGAAAGUGUUGAAUAAUAAUGUUAUCACGCUUGAAGCGUCGAUGAAGGAGCACAGAUCGGCCGUCAACGACAUCGCUCUGUUGAACGACGACAACAGUGCGGUUACGGCUUCCGACGACGGAUCGUGUGUCGUGUGGGACCUCACUCGUUGCGUGCGCCAAGUUUCCUUUUUCGGCUCGACCUACUUCAAGGCUAUUGGAGUGCACCCAGACGAGCAACAGAUAGUCACAACGGGAACCGAUCGAAAGAUCACGUGGUGGGACCCGGCAGACGCUUCGGUGCUUCGGGUCAUUGACGACCCUGCCGAUGUUGAGCUCACCGCCCUUGCCGUGUUCCAACCCGACGGCGACCUGAUUGCCGUCGCCGGAUCCGAUCGAAUCAUUAAGAUCUUCGAUUACGAAACCGGCGAGCUCACGCACGUGAGCGCCAGGCACGCCGCUCCCGUGAGCGCCGUUUCCGUCGCCCCCGGCGGGCGCUUCGUUGUCUCCGUCUCCGCUGACGGCGCCGUCCUCAUCUGGUCCAACCCUGCGACCGCGUUCGUGGAGCUGAAACGAGAGAAAGAGCGCCACAUCGCUCGCGUUUUGACCGGCGAGCUCGACGACGACGCUCUGGAGGCCGCUCGCGACGCCUCGCGCGGACACUCCGCAGAGUCUCCAUGCUAA